AUGUCGUCGAAUGAUCAGGGAGAAGGAUCGUCAUCAAGAUCAGCUUCUGCAUCUGCUGAUAAUCAUCAUCCUCAUCAGCAGCAGCAGCAACAACCAGCACAAUUGAGUCGAUACGAAUCCCAAAAACGUCGUGAUUGGAACACUUUUGGACAAUAUUUAAGGAAUCAGAGGCCUCCAGUGGCCUUACCCCAGUGCAGUUAUAAUCAUGUGCUAGAUUUCCUUCGAUACCUCGACCAAUUCGGAAAAACUAAGGUACAUGUACAAGGUUGUGUCUUUUUUGGACAGGUUGAGCCAGCAGGGCCUUGUACUUGUCCCCUUAGGCAAGCAUGGGGUAGCCUCGAUGCCCUUAUCGGCCGACUCCGGGCUGCUUUCGAAGAGAACGGAGGCCUGCCUGAGACUAACCCUUUCGCUAGUGGCGCUAUACGCGUAUAUCUACGUGAAGUACGGGACUCCCAGGCGAAGGCCCGGGGAAUCCCGUACAAGAAGAAGAAGAAGAAGAGGAAUCAAAUGAAGGGUGCCAUUAAUGAAGGCACAUCCUCCAGCUUUCAGAUGUAA